AUGAACGGCAGCUGGGUGGGAAGUCAGGAAAGCGAAGCUGACACCACGUGGAUCCUUCCCAACUUGCCCAGUAAGUGCACAUGGACAGCCACAACGCCUGCUGCCAAGUCACCACACUCCUGUAUGCCCUUGACAGAAGAAAAAAAGAUCUUGCCCAACAUCCUGAAGAAAAUUGGCUGGACCCCAAUGGUCCAAGUCAACAAAAUUGGGAAGUCCUAUGGGCUCAAGUGUGAGCUCUUGGCAAAAUGCGAGUACUUCAACGCGGGAGGCAGUGUGAAGGACCGCAUCGGCCUGAGGAUGGUGGAAGAUGCAGAGAGAGCUGGGAUUAUAAAACCAGGGGACACGCUGAUUGAACCCACUUCAGGAAACACAGGAAUCGGCCUGGCUCUGGUUGCUGCAGUGAAAGGUUACCGCUGCAUCAUUGUCUUGCCGGAGAACAUGAGCAUGGAAAAGGUCGAUAUUCUGAAAGCGCUGGGUGUUGAAAUUGUGAGGACCCCGUGCACCCGUUUUGAUGCCCCGGAGUCUAACAUUCGUGUUGCCUGGAAGCUGAAAAGUGAAAUCCCAAACUCUCACAUCCUGGACCAGUACCGAAAUCCAAGCAACCCCCUGGCUCAUUACGACACCACAGCUGAGGAGAUCCUGGAGCAGUGUGAAGGCAAGGUCCACAUGGUGGUGAUUGGAUCUGGAACAGGAGGCACCAUCACCGGCAUCGCUAGGAAGCUGAAGGAGAAGUGCCCAGAGUGCAAGAUCAUUGGCGUAGAUCCCGACGGCUCCAUUGUCGCUCUGCCCAGUGAGAUGAACAGAACGAACACCACAACCAUCGAGGUGGAGGGCAUUGGGCAUGACUUUAUCCCUACUGUCCUUGACAGAUCAGUGGUUGAUCAGUGGUACAAAUGCAAUGACAGAGACUCGUUCCUCAUGUCUCGCAGGCUGAUCAGAGAGGAGGGGCUAUUGUGCGGUGGCAGCUCAGGCAGUGCCAUGUCCGUCGCUGUGCGGGCUGCCAAGGACCUGAAGGAAGGUCAGCGCUGCGUGGUCAUCCUGCCUGACUCCGUCAGGAACUACAUGUCCAAAUUUUUGAAUGAUAAAUGGAUGAUAAAAAAUGGUUUCCUAAAUGACGUCCAGGAGCACAAGCCUUGGUGGUGGAACAUCAAGGUGCAGAAACUGAAUCUCUCAGCCCCUCUCAUCCUCCUCCCAGAAGUCAGCUGUCAAAAAGCAAUUGAGAUUCUCCAGGAGAAGGGAUUCGACCAAGCUCCUGUUGUUGCUGAAUCAGGACUUAUUUUGGGCAUGGUGACCCUCAGCAACACCCUCACCUCAGUGCUGGCUGGAAAGGCACAGUUCUCAGACCCUGUUACAAAGGUCAUCUACGACCAGUUCUCAAAGAUUGGCCUGGAGGACAGCCUUGGGAAGCUUUCCUGCAUCCUGGAGAACGACCAUUUUGCUAUCAUUGUACAUGAGCAAAUGCAGUUCAAUGGCAAUGGCAGUUCCUUCAUGAAGCAGAUGGUGUUCGGUGUGGUCACAGCGAUGGACCUGCUCACCUUUGUCAGCAGAAACGACAAGAAGUAG